GUUUGCCGCAUGUCAACAGUCUGCUACACCGCCAAUAACCUAGAAACAGCCGGAGAAAGUCACCAGAAGUCUCGAGUUGGAGCAACCAGAAAUGUCUCACGGUGGAGAAACUGUCUGCGUCACCGGCGGAAGCGGCUGCAUUGGCUCUUGGCUCAUCUCACUCCUUCUCGACCGCGGAUACACCGUUCACGCCACCGUCAAAGACCUCAACGACGAGAAGGAGACGAAGCAUUUGCAAGCUCUAAAAGGAGCAGAGACGCGCCUCCAUUUACACCAAAUCGACCUUCUCGACUACGACUCGAUCUCCGCUGCCAUCGAUGGCUGCGCCGGCGUCUUCCACCUCGCCUCUCCUUGUAUCGUCGAUGAAGUCCAGGAUCCUGAGAAACAGCUACUGGAUCCGGCAAUCAAAGGGACGAUGAACGUGCUGACGGCGUCUAAGGAGAAAGGAGUGAAGCGUGUGGUGGUGACGUCUUCCAUCUCCGCCAUCACGCCGAGCCCCAAGUGGCCGGCUGACGUUCUAAAGAGAGAGGAUUGCUGGACUGACGUUGAGUACUGUAAGCAGAACGGAUUCUGGUAUCCGCUCUCGAAGACCCUAGCGGAGAAAGCUGCGUGGGAAUUCGCCAAGGAGAAAGGUUUGGACGUUGUGGUGGUGAAUCCGGGUUUAAGGCAUGAAACUGGUGCUCUAGUCACCGUCACCCUCUGUGGAAUUGGCCAGUGAGUGAAGAUUCAGCAUUGCCUUAUGCUUGUGGAUCCUCUUUUUUGAGGAGUAUUAGGCCCUGUAUUUGCUUGACUUUGGAUACUUGAACUGUUGUACUUCGAUACCCAACAAAGCAACAUCGCUCCAAAACCAAAGGCAAACUGAAAUGGUUUUCUUCAUGUGUAUGAAGUCAGAAGCUAGGAGAAUUAGAAUUCUUUGUGGCUGUAGGAGAAGGCUGCACAGAGACGUACGAGAACUUCUUCAUGGGAUCUGUCCAUUUUAAAGAUGUAGCGUUGGCACAUAUUAUGGUAUAUGAAAACCCAUCCGCAGCUGGUAGACACUUGUGUGUUGAAGCCAUAUCUCACUAUGGUGACUUUGUGGCAAAGGUUGCCGAGCUAUAUCCUGAAUAUAACGUGCCAAGCUUACCUAGGGAUACACAGCCUGGGCUGUUAAGGGGAAAGAACGGAGCUAAGAAGCUGAUGGACAUGGGUCUAGAGUUUAUCCCCAUGGAUCAAAUCAUCAAGGAUUCAGUUGAGUAUCUCAAAGAAAGGGGAUACUUAUCCUAAGUGCAGCUCUUUCGGGACUCAACUUGUUGUCAGUGGAGAUGGUCAUCCAAUCUGCGUGGCUAGAACGUUAGAACUUAGAAGCUAGAAGCCUGAAUCUCUGCGUCCACAGUGUUUUUUAUUUAGAGUAGAAGCAACAAUGGUGGCUAUUAGGAGAUUCUAGCCCAGCCAGAAUCCUAUGUGUCAUGUGUUGACUGUUAUCUGAAUAAACCUAGUAGCUUUACGAACUACUACUUAUAGGGCUGUCAACCGAAAACCGAAACUUCGGUUAUCGGUUAAACCGAACCACUCCUGACUGUCGCUGAUCACCGACAGUGAGGAAGCCAAGGCUAGCCGACUACCGAUAGGUCGGUUUUCGGUUUUGGCUCGGUUAGCCGUAAAAUCGAAAUUGUAAUGAUUCUUUAUUAAAAAAAGGAAAGAAAGAGAGAAGAAAAGAAAGAAUAAAAAAAGAAGAAAAAUAAAAAUAAA